AUGCCCCUCCCAACGCUCCUCCUCACCCUCACCCUCACCCUCCCCCUCCUCACCCUCUCCGCCCCCACAAUCCAAACAACCUCCUUCUUCACCCUCACCGCCGCCCGCUCCGCCAGCCCCCUGCACUUCGCCUCCAUAACCGCCAACGAAACCGGAAUCUGGAUCGGGAAACCCUCUUCGAAUUACUGCCCCGGCGUGGAAAAUCAAACCUGUCCCGAUCCUUCCCCUUAUACCGAGUUCACUCUCAAUAAUGGGAUUCUCGGGUUGGGCGUGCAGGUGAAGGGGGGGCAGCAGAUUUACGUCGAUUAUAACGGCCGCGUCCGCUACACCCUCGCCAACGACGGGUAUAUCCCCAACGGCGCGUACAUUUCCGGUUGGAGUUUGGAGAUGGGCGAGAGUUUUGGGAGGUUGGAGUGGGUGAAUGGGACCAUGUUUUGUGGUUUGAUUCCUGGGAAUGCGAGUGUCGGGCCUUGGGGGCUUUUUGCGAAAGUCCCGUAUGUGGAGUUUGGGGCCGAGUGUCUGGGAGCGAGCCUUUUGGUGAGUGGGAAUUUGAGUGUGGCGAAUGCUUAUCAGUAUGUUUGA